GGUUUAUAACGGGCUUGUUGCUGCGCCUGGAGAGUUGUUAGGCUCAGCGCGUUUGGAAGAUUGCUGCAUUGAGGGAGCCGAACGCGCUCCUUGCCACAUUCUGUCCGUAGUGGACAGUGAGCGAGUGAGCUGUGAGCGAGCGGGUGCGCGCGACAAACGGACACGAAAAGCGAGCGAAAGAGAAAAAAACGAGGGAGAGGGAGCGAAGGAACGAGAGCGGAACGACUUCUGCUGUUGCCUUUUCGUACAUUCACAGUGAAUUCAACUCGCUCUCAACAUUGUGAGCUGUCCGUCAGCACGACCUGCUGCAAAAUGAUCGGAAAACUCAUCUUUCUCAUCGGAUUGCUUAUCCGCAGUACUGAAGCUGUCCUUCAAGUGUCCAUCUCGCUGAGCAAGGUUGAGCUGAGCGUGGGGGAGUCCAAAUUCUUCACAUGUACAGCCAUCGGAGAGCCAAUCAGCCUGGACUGGUACAACCCGCAGGGCGAGCGCAUGGUGCCAUCACAGCGAGUGGCACUGCACACGGAGGGCGUGCGCUCCAGGCUCACACUCUACAAUGCCAACAUCGAGGAUGCGGGCAUCUACCGCUGCCAGGCCACCGAUGCGCAGGGACUAACACAGGAGGCCACCGUGGUGCUGGAGAUUUACCAGAAGCUGACGUUCCGCGAGGUGAAGUCGCCGCAGGAGUUCCGGCAGGGCUCAGUGGCCGAGGUGGUCUGUGACGUCACCAGCUCCCCCGUGCCGGUUGUGGCCUGGUUCUACAACAACAUGGAGAUCAUGCCAGAAAAUCUCAAGUUUCAGGUCCUGCCCAACAACAACCUCCAGGUCCAGCAGGUGACCAAAGCUGAUGAAGGCGUAUACCGCUGUGAGGCACGCGUGGAGGCCAGAGGCGAGAUCGACUUCAGAGACAUCAUCGUGGUGGUGAACGUGCCUCCAGUGCUGUCUGUGCCCCAGCAGUCCUUCAACGCCACAGCUGACUACCUGGAGUCGGUCACCCUCACCUGUCGCGCCUACGGCUCCCCUGAACCGGAUGUCACCUGGUACAGGAAAGGGGUGGAACUGCAAGAAUCCGAGCAGUACGCCAUCCGAGCCCGCGGCACGAGUCUGACCAUCCGGAACAUCCGGAAGGUCGACGGAGGCCCCUACAAGUGUAAGGCCUCCAACAAAGCUGGGGAGGUAGACCGGGAGCUGUUCCUGAAAGUCUUCGUCCCGCCGCACAUCACCAAGCUGCGCAACGUGACCGCGGUGGAGGGCAGCGCUGCCAUGAUCGCCUGCAAGGCCGAGGGCGAGCCGCUGCCCGAGAUCAUCUGGAGGAGAGCCAGCGACGGUCAGACCUUUGCCGAUGAGGAUGAGAGCAAACAAACAAACAAAAAAGAAAAAGAUGGGCACGUGGAAGUCCGUGGUCGCCAUGGGGAGUCCUUGUUGGUCAUAGUGGGCGUGUCUCUGGCUGACCUGGGUCGUUUCGACUGUGAAGCAAAGAGCAGAAUUGGAGGAAGUCAGAAGAGCAUGUACCUGGACAUAGAGUACGCCCCAAAGUUCCAGACCAAUCACACCAUAUUUUACUCGUGGGAGGGAAACCCUGUGAACAUCAGCUGUGACGCCAUGUCCAACCCGCCGGCCACCAUCCUGUGGAGGAGAGAGAAGCUGACCAUCCCCAGCGAGGGUACGGGGAACAUGCGCGUCCACAGCGCCCCCGGGAGGUCACUACUAGAGGUCACUCCCAUGUCAGACAGGGAUUUUGGCCGGUACAACUGCACAGCGCGCAACAACAUUGGAAUGCGCUUCCAGGAAUUCAUCCUGGCCCAGGCUGAUGUGCCCUCAAACCCCUACUCUGUGCGACUGAGCGGAGUGGCCCAGCGUGUUGCCACGGUGACGUUUGUGAAGCCCGACUCUCACGGCGGUGUCCCCAUAGACCAUUACCUGGUGAAGUACAAGGACGCCGGCUCACAAGACUGGAAGGCCGUCAAGUCACAAGGAACACAGACGCUAGUGCUUCUCUCCAACCUCGAGCCCAACACCACAUAUGAGGUGCACGUCGCAGCAGUAAACGGAAAAGGUCAGGGCGAGUUCAGCCGCACAGAGAGCUUUCAGACGUUGCCCAUACGAGAGCCGAGCCCCCCGUCGGUGAACGGGCAGCGAGGGGUGGGAAAGGCCUACAGGCUGGGCCUGAUCAAACAGGACGACGGGGGCAUGCCCAUUCUGGAGUACAUCGUCAAAUACAAAACAGACAGAGAGGAGCAGUGGAUGACCAAACUGGUCCCCGGCGUCAACGACUUUGUGCUGCUGCAGCCUCUCCAGUGGAACACCCAGUACGAGGUGGAGAUCACAGCCCGUAACAUCAAGGGCCUGUCCGAGCCCACCACUAUCCACUUCUCCAUGCCUCAGAAACCCGACAUCACAGAUCAGUGUUGUGAGCCCCCCCCCAGCGGAAGCGGAGGCCCCCGCCAGCAUCUGGCCCCGGCCGCGUCCUUCAUCGGAGUCGCCCUGUCACUCGCCCUGCAUUUGUCUCUGUGUUGAUGUCACCUCAUCCCCCACCACAACAACCACCCCUUCGCCCCCUCCCCACCUACUCCACUCACUCACACGCACUCCGCCUAACAGCCCACCACCGCCACCUCCCCACACUUGGACUAAGACAGAGCCACUGGACCGGGGAUUGUACCUGUCCACCACCACACACCCCCCCCCCCCCCCCCUCCUCUUUAAUGCUUUCCCCGUGUGGGCUUUGCCUCCUGGGAGCCCCCCUCCCUGACUCUUGGCCUGGCUGUCUGGUUGGGUUGCAGCUAUCUGUCUCCCUCGGGCUGAUCUCUAUCUGUAAUGACUGAGCCUUGGCAUCCAUGACCUGAAAUCUCCUGUUUUUUUUUUUUUUUUUAUUCUUGUGUGUGUUGCUCCUCAUCCUCUCUGUGACUCUGCCUGCUCUGUCUGAAUCUCCCUGCUCUCCCCAAACCCCCGCUCCAGCGUAUCACUCUGCCGGCGCAAGCAGCCGUGGCAUUAAGCUACGCUUCAGAGACGCCCCGUGCAGCUUAAGGUCGCAGGAGCACCAAAGCGAGUGUGCACUCUCUCUCUCUCUCUCUCUCUCUCUCUCUCUCUCUCUCUCUCUCUCUCUCUCUCUCUCUCUCUCCUUCUCUCUCUUGUUCCCUCGCUCCCCUUCAGCGCCCGCGGCGCGGCGUCAACAACAGAGUCUAAACAACAACAGAGACGAGCGUGCCAUCACUGGUGGAUUGUCAGUUCUUGCUGCGUCUCCUCUGUUAUUUAUUUAGCCGUCUGCUUCGUCGAGUUGGAACUCCCCUUGUCACAACCGUCACCCUUCAUGCAAGGAUCAACUUCCUUUCCAUGCCUGUCGACAGACGGCGCUGGACUCCAACCAAGGCCAUAGAGGAGGCCGCUGCACGUCUUACAGCGGCUGCGCUAGUUCUUGUUAGCGUUUGCUACUUGGCAGACAAUGGCAGUAGCAGCACCAACGCCUUCCUGCUGAGACUCCCAGCUCAGUCCUCAUUAAUCGCAGUCGACUUGGUACUGAGGACGGCCAUCAAAGGAAAAUAAGAAAAAAGGACCUACCUGUGCCUCACCUAGCUGUUGCGUGAACUGUGCUUCAGUCCCCAUGUUAGAAUAUGUGGUGUGAUUUGUUGGGAAUGCCUUUUUUCACAGUGCUGCCAUUGGUUUUGUUUGUUUUGAGAGAUCAUUAGGCAGCAUCCUUGCUAGGUGAAAUCAAGCCUGUACUUCAAAAAACUAGCAUCAUGUUUUGACACUCAUAGAUAUAACAGCCCAGUCUCAAGACAUUUUGAUGGACACUUGGGUUAUUUUGUUGCACUGACUUAGGAUUUUGAUGUUAUCUAUGAAAUUGUAUGUCACCAGAAUCAUUUCAUGCGAAGACACAUCCAAGAGUAACACAGAUACACAAACAACUGCUUACCACAGUUUCAUAUGUCACACAGUAAACAGAACAAGUCUCAAGUCAUUUUCACUUCCUCCCUGCUUGAUUAUUUUAGGUGAGAACUUUUUCCACACACUUAAAGAAGUGAGAGCAUACUGCUGCAUAUGGGAUCGAACAACAUCAGAAUUAAUGAACUUAUUUAUUGUCGAAAGCUGGAUCAAUGGUUCUUUAGUGUCCACAAAAAAAUAUGUGCAGCAUAUAAAACUGUGAGUGUGUGGUGUCAUUUUAUUUCUGUUGUUAUUGUUGUUGUUCCUGCUGCCUGAAAGCCUAAGGGGAUGUUCAGCAUUUCAAUCCAAAGGGCAAUCAAGUUCUCAGUAUGGAGAACCAUUACAGACAGGAGAAAAGAAACAUAUUGUAGAUGUCACUGCGCUGUAUGCAUUGCAGAAAUAAACAGGCUUUUUUGUGA